AGCUUCGUCUAACUAACGAUAGGAAGAACGGUAGAUGUGGUGAUUGGAUCUGAGCCCAACAAAGAGUAACGUUUUGUUAUUAAGUAGCUAGCUAACGUUAGCUAAUUGUAAAAUGACUGUAUAAUGCACGUUAGCUUCACACCCACCGUCAAUAAUGUGCCGUAAUCUAACCUGAAGUUAGCAACUCAAUGAAAUGCAGAAAAUCAGCGAAAAACUGGACAGCUAACCUUACCUAACUCGAAGCUGUCCGGACUGGCUGACAUUCAGGACGUAUCACAAACGCUGGACAAACUAAAUUUAAUAGAUUUGAAUGGACACAGGGGACAAAAAUACAUAGAUCCAAUCCAACUAUUUAAACCUGGUUCCGACAUGCCUGUGAAGAAGAAGAGAAAGUCUUCAGGUUCGGAGGACCCUGGCCUUAGGAGGUGUAAAAUUUCCAGCAGUUUUUGCAGGACACAAGCCCCUGGGAGGCUGAUGAAUCCUGAAGAUCACUUUUCCAGCAAGAAGUGCCUCUCCUGGUUUUAUGAAUAUGCAGGCCCAGAUGAGGUGUUGGGACCAGAGGGUAUGGAGAAGUUCUGUGAGGACAUUGGUGUGGAGCCAGAGAACAUAAUUAUGUUAGUCUUAGCCUGGAAACUAGAGGCACCAAAUAUGGGAUUUUUCACAAAGGAGGAGUGGCUAAAGGGAAUGACCUCUCUGCAAUGUGACUGUACGGAACGUUUACAAGGAAAGCUCGACUACCUGCGUUCUCAGCUCAACGACGCGGCAGCGUUUAAGAAUAUCUACAGAUAUGCCUUCGACUUUGCCCGGGACAAAGACCAGCGUAGCCUUGACAUGGACACUGCCAAGUCCAUGCUCGCUCUGAUCCUAGGGAGGACGUGGCCCCUCUUUCCAGUUUUCCAUCAGUUUUUGGAGCAAUCCAAGUACAAAGUGAUGAACAAGGACCAGUGGUACAAUGUCUUAGAGUUCAGCAGGACCGUCCACGUGGACCUCAGCAACUAUGACGAGGACGGUGCCUGGCCUGUGUUGCUGGACGAGUUUGUGGAGUGGCAGAAGGCCCGUCUGUCAUUAUAGCGGGAGAGAGGCACACCUGAGCGAUUUUUCACUCUGGACAAAAUGGCACACCUACAAGAACUGUUGCAGCAGCACCUCUGCCACGAUGGAUUCAUUGCCCAAAAGAGACUUUUACAGUGUUAAUUUAAACAAAAGGGGAACUGCUUUGUUUUGCAUCUGUCAUCACAAUUACAUAACCAGCAUUGUAAGAUCUGCUGGGAAUUUUGUUUCCUCAUUUUUUUCCCCCCUUUCAUUUUUGAGUCUUACUUUUGUUUAUAGUGUUUUCAGAAGGAAAAUAAAGGAUGGAGUUGUACCAA